AACCCCACCCAGCCCGCAGACCCUUCUGGCCUGCAGCUGUCGCCCUUGGCUAGAUCGCCACCGCCGCUGGCUGGAGAGGGGCUCUGACCAAGUCGGCCCAGUGAGUGACUACAUCCACCUCCAGCCGGAUCACCCUCCUUCGGCUGGUCAGCUCACGCCGUUGCAGCCAUGGCGGUGACAGUGACCCCUCAGACCCUGACCCAACCUCUGGGCCUCCUUCGCCUGCUCCAGCUGGUGUCCACCUGUGUGGCAUUCUCGUGCGUGGCCCAUGUGGGCGCCUGGACCGGGCCCAUGGGCAACUGGUCCAUGUUCACCUGGAUCUUCUGCUUCAUCGUGACGUUCAUCGUCAUCUUGGUAGAGUUAUGCGGUUGCCAGGCCAGAUUCCCACUGUCCUGGCGCAAUUUUCCCAUUACCUACGCUUUAUACGCUGCCCUCUUCUGCCUGUCGUCCUCCAUCAUCUACCCUACCACCUACGUGCAGUUCAUGUCUCACGGCCGUUCCCGGGACCACGCCAUCGCUGCCACCACCUUCUCCUGCAUCGCCUGCCUGGCUUAUGCCACUGAAGUGGCCUGGACCCGAGGGAAGGCUGGUGAGGUCACGAGCUACAUGGCCACCGUGCCCGGGCUACUCAAGGUGCUGGAGACGUAUGUGGCCUGUGUCAUCUUCGCCUUCCUCAGUAACCCCGACCUGUACCAACGGCACGAGGCCCUGGAGUGGUGCGUGGCUGUGUACGCCAUCUGCUUCAUCCUGGCAGCCAUCACCAUCCUGCUGAACCUGGGGGAAUGUACCAACAUGCUGCCCAUCUCCUUCUCCAGCUUCCUGACCGGUGUAGCUGUCCUAUCUGUCCUCAUGUAUGCCACCGCCAUUGUCAUCUGGCCCCUCUACCAGUUUAACGAGCAAUAUGGUGGCCAGAGCCGACGGAUGAAAGACUCCUACUGUGCCUACCGACACCCCCACUCAGUCUGUAACUGGGACCGCCGGCUCGCUGUGGCCAUCUUGACGGGGAUCAACCUGCUGGCUUAUCUGGCUGACAUGGUGUACUCUACCCGCCUGGUGAUCAUCAAGAUGUGAGGGUCAGUCACCAGGCGUCCCAUGGCUCUGCCCAGCCUCUUUAUUCUUUGCUUUCAGUACUGAGUGCUGAAUCUUUAUUUCCUCUAUUUUUUCUUUCUUUGAAUUUUCUCCUUGGGGUUUUGUUUUUCUCCUUUUUUCUCUGCUCUGUCUAGUUAUUCAUAUUUGGUUCCUGCCGUCGUCGUCUUCUCCUUUUUUUUUGUCUUCUUCUUCUUCUUCUUCUUCUUCU